AUGGGCGAUUCUUCUCAAACCGGCGAGGGCUCCUCGUCAACGGCUUCUUCUUACAAAUCAAUUUCUCCUUACGAUAUUACUUCAAGCGAUAAUCCUGGUUGUGUUAUUUCUCAAGUUCUCCUUACCAAUACUAAUUAUCUUGAAUGGUCUGCGGCUCUCCGGAGGGCACUAUGGGCUCGCAAGAAAUUUGGUUUCUUGGACGGAUCUAUUUCUAAACCACAGGGGGGUUCUUCGCUUUUAACGGAUUGGUAUGUCAAUAAUUUUAUGCUCGUUUCUUGGAUCAUGAAUACUAUCGAUGCUUCGAUCCGUUCUUCUAUCCCAAAUAUCGAAAUCGCUCAACAAUUAUGGCCGCACAUUCGUGAUCGAUUUUCUGUGGUUAAUGGCACUCGGAUUCAGCAGUUGAAAGGAGAACUCGCUACCACGUAUCAAAAGGGUAUGACAAUUAGCGCGUAUUAUGGCAAACUUCGUACACUGUGGGAUGAACUGUACGCAUAUGAUCGUCCGGUGGCUUGUCGUUGCGGUAAGUGUACCUGUCCUCUUGCGGCUGAACAUGAAAGGCGUCAGGACAAUGAACAAUGUCAUCAAUUUCUUCUUAACCUAGAUGCUGAGGUCUUUGGGGCUGCUCGAUCUCACAUCCUUGCUCAAGAACCUUUGCCAAAUCUCCACCGGGCCCGUCGGGUCCUGCCCGACCUGCUACUUCUUCCGGCGUCUCAUGCAGCGUUUGCGGGCGGACGGGACAUGAUUCUACCCGAUGCUUCAAGGUGGUUCCUUGUCCUCAUUGCAGCCGGACCGGUCACAAUCCUAAACAAUGCUACGAAUUGGUCGGCUAUCCCGGAUCAUCUUCGUCUUCUGCCGGCCGUGGUUCAACCGCUGUGGGUGCCGGUCGUGGUCUACCUCCCAUUGCCGGUCGCGGUCGUGGUCGUGGCACACCACAGGUGCAGGCCAAUGCCACUGGCGCUCUACCCGUGGGUUUUCCGGCGAAUAAUGUCUCUCCGCCCGGUUCGGCUACCUCGCUUGCGACCACUAGUAUUUCUCCUGACCAAUGGUCCGCCUUGCUAA